GUCAAGGGGCUCACCCAUGUGGUUCUCCAUUGGCAGCAGCAACCUCUUCCCUCCUCCUUCCAAGGACUGGCUCCAGAAUGCUCUCUCAGACCCUGAAGGGCUAGGCUGGGGGGGUGAGGGACAAGGUGCUGCAGGGAAGGUGCUGAAGAUGUGCCCAGCAGAGGAGGAGGACAAAGAAGAAGAGUGUGCUCUGCUCUCUCUCCUGGACAGAGGAAAACUGGAGGAGACGCUGGGGCCUGACUUAGAGGCAGGUGUUUCCGCCCAUGUGCCCCAAGAAGAUGGGCGGGAGCUAGAAGACAUCAGAACCAAGCUACAGAAAAUAGAGGCGGCCCAUGAGAGACAGGAGCUCAAAGGGAUGGAGGAGACAGAACAGCAGCAGCCCCAUGACGAGAAGGAGGCAGCCACAGAAGCUUCCAGCCCCUCUCCAGCCCCAUGUGACAAUGAGGCCACUCGUCUUCUGACCCCAGGGAACGGUAUACCCUUCCAUGGGACACCCAUUGAGAAGGUACGGGCUGAUCACAGAUCUGUCUACGUAGGCAAUGUGGAUUACAGUAGCACGGCUGAGGAACUGGAGUCCCUCUUCAACUGCUGUGGUGAAAUCAACAGGGUCACCAUCCUCUGUGACAAGUACUCUGGACACCCCAAGGGGUAUGCCUACAUUGAAUUUGCCUAUGAGGAUUCAGUGAAGACUGCUAUGGAUCUGGAUGAAACCACCUUUAGAGGCCGGAUAAUCAGGGUUCUGCCCAAAAGGACCAAUCUUCCUGGGAUCAGCACUACAGACCGAGGUGGCCUGCGGGCUCGACAUUCUGGCAGAGGAGGCCCUCUCCAACGGUAUGGUCUUUAUAUUGGGGAACGAUCAAGGCCAAGGUGGAGAAGUCACAGGGGACAUGGAAGAUUCUCCCAGUGGUUUGAGCCAUAUUAAAGGGUUGGACUGGUGAUGUGAGCUGUGAAGAAAACAAGAUAACUGAGAUCUGGGACCAUAUUAACUACAUAACCAGUGUGCUCAGCUAGGAUUCAGUGGGGGUGGGGUGGCAUUGAAUAAAUCUGGUCCAGAGUACAGUGCAACCAAAACAGAUGGCCAGCUUGUCAGGCAAAACCCAGUGGCUGAACUACAGAUCUGUAAGAGGCCUCAGGUUGUGGAAGCAUGUGAAGCUCUUUCCUUUUUUGUUUCUGUCUCUGUCUAGAGGCAGAUCAGUCCAUGUUAUAAUGAAGGCAUGUGGACUCCCUGAUGGCCAGUGCUCUUAGAACUACUCUGGUCUUAGACCUCUGGUCUUUUGGCCCCUUGGACCAAGGCUGGCAGGACGUUUUCAGCCAAAGCCUUGAAAUAUUAUGAUACUAAAUCGAGGUAUCUGGCUUUCAAGCCUCUGGCUAACCUCACCCUGACCCUUUUCCAUUUUGAGAGCACCAUGACUUUAGUUUGGGAUUGCAAAUAGGGUGAUCACCAAUGCAGGGUGGGGGGAGUCGGGGAGGAAGGGACAGGAUGAAGCUUUAACCUAGCAUGGCUUAUAGUUCAAGUUAAUGAUUUUUAACAGAAACAAAUGUACAGAAUGUUUUCUUAAUAAUAUAAAUAAUUAAAUUUGAAAUAUUUUUUAAAAAGCACGGAUGUUUUCUUUUUAUUCACCCAUCAACUAGUUGUGGUUCCUCUUCCUACUGUAAAUGCAAACACUUAAAGAGGCAAGAGCUCCUUUCAUUACAAUGGAAAAUGUAGACUCUUUUAAGGAACACGGCAGAUGUCAAGUAUCUUCUGUUCACCAACCAUAUGUCUGAGGAUGGGAAUAGGGUUGACUUUUUUUGGACAUGUGGGUUUUCACUUCUUUGUCUACAAGCUGGCAGGUGGUACCCGCCCGAGUUCAGAGAAGGCUGAUUGUGGCUUUAAUGAACAACUAAAAUUUGAAUUUGAGUGAAAUUCUUAAAUAUAUUACUAGCUAAACUUUUUGUUAAUUUAUUUACUACUUAGCUUAUUAAAUUUUUUUAUUACAUGCCUAAUCAAGCUUUGUUUCCCGAAACUCUGCUUAGGGUGUUCUCUCCUGUGUCUAGCACGGGGCCAAGCACAGAGUAGGCACUUUAAUAGAUGCUUGCUGGUUGAUCUGCCCACUUAUAGGCUGGUGUCUGCAGGUGGCCUUCCCAGAAGCACUGGUUUCUGCUAAUUUAGUAACAGCUUUUAUUAAGAAUUGCUCUUUCUAGGGCUGUAUUCCAAAGAGAUCAUACAAAUGGGAA